AAUUCAUCCGGGCAUGGCUGGCUUUUGCUUGUCCGUUCAAGCACUCUUCUUGACCUGCCUCUUCUGGGGAGCUUGGCUGCUUGCAUUGCUAGUGCAAAUCAAGGUAUGACUAAAGCCAACUGUUAAUAUAUGCACACAUCUUAUACAUUCACCUUCAUUCUUGUUUUGCUACUAGGUGUAAUAUUUUAUAACCCUCGCUUCCUCCCAUUCGGAAAGAAGUUGAAACUCAACAUGGGAGAGGACUACACCUGACUCUGUGCUAAGCAAAAUGAACGAUUCAGGUCCCAUGAUUUUUGGCUGAAGUUGUGGAUAUAGUAUACUACUACGUUACCCUAAAAACAAAAACUAUAAAAGAAAAAGCCAAGGCGGGCUAGAUUACGAUGUAAUAGGAACAAAAUUCUUGAAGACGGUUUUGACGGCACUGGACAAGUCUUUUUGAAAUGACUUUUAAAAGUCAUUAUCGUUUAGUUCAAAAUGUUUGACUACAUACCCCUAAAUUUGUUACAACCACAAGGAAAGAAAAUUGUUGAGAACUUAAAAUAGAACAACGACAACGGAUAUCUGAAAAGUUCAUAACUUAAGCUAAGGUUAAUGAGAGAAAAACACAGACCGGCCGUAGCUAUGACAGGAAAAGUUUUAUUUGCACUUUUAUGAAUCAUCAGUACUUCUAGUUAUUCAUGCAAACCUUUCUCUUUUGAGGACAAUCAAUGACUCAACUGAGCCUUUCCCACGUACUUGGAAUCAGUAUCAGACAUUCUUUUGGGUCCAGACUGCACUGAGGCUCACCUUAAACGUUAAUUAACAGAUUACCAAACUUUGAAGAAAAUCAAUAACUAGUGCAAUUUUAGACGCGUAUUUUUAUGCAUGAUAUUCAACUAGGAAAGGGAAAAAAGUGACAAGAAAAAUGCAGCUGCGUUGUUGUGCUUACGACACAAACGAUCAUGUACGGCGACAUAGAUUAGCCUACAAUUUUUGUGCCCGCCCAAGGGAGAUGGGGGAUGUGUUUCUAGAACCACAUCUGAUCAGCUGGAAAUUAAAAACUGUUUAAAAAAAAAUCUACCUCAAAAUUCGGUGUCAAUUUUAGAAGGGGUGAAAUGAUCGAGAUGGUUUUAAGGGCCUUAUCAGCUCUUCCUCUCUUGCUCUUUCUCUUAUACUGAACCUUAAAUCAAUAAUUAAACGAGUGUGCGACUUCAUCAAUUUGACUUUGCCGUGGAGACGACAAAGCUUGCCCUUUGAAAUGCAACAAUUUACUCACUGCAUAACUAACUGCUUAACAUUCAGUGUAACCUGUUCUUGUUGUUGUUGUUGUUGGUGGUGGUGUUAUGUUUUUGUCCAGCAAGCAGUCUGCAAAGGAUCGGUUAUUCAUUUAUAAACAAUCACGGUCGAGGAGCGUGGGAGAACGAAAGACUGCAUUGAUGUUUUUUAACGUGUUCUCUGAAUUAACGUGGGUGAAAUUAGUGGUGGAAUAGUAAAAAAAGACUAAGUGGUUGAGACGUUAACAUCGCUAUUUUUUUUAAAAUGUAAUUUUAGAUACCUGUGGUCCCAUUCGGUAUUUGAAGUUUUUUGAUCGGGAGUAUGGCCUUCAUAUGUAUCUUCAAGGCCACACCUUUUUAAACCUUUCCAUUGGAGCAAGCAAAUCUUGCGAAACGGAAUGUCUUUACCAGAGAGAGUGCGUGGCAAUCAACAUUGGUCCAGUAAUUAAUGAUAUGAGAGUCUGUGAGUUGUGUAACUCAGAUCACAUACAGCAUCCAAAUGAUUUAAAACGAAGAGAAGGUUGGACGUAUAAAGGUACACAGGUAUGGCGAAUUUCACUGGAAUAA